AUGGAAAGAAUCCUUUUCCUUUUCGGAAGACCAAUUUCUCCCCAUGCUCCGCUUGCAGAGUCGAUAGAGCUGCCAGCUGACUUCCAGAGAGUGUCGUGGGUGCCACUCUUACCGAACAUGCUGGAGGCUUUGGGCCUCACACGUGAGGCGCUAGCGCUUGAGACAGCUACACGGUUAUUCGAGCCAACUGAGCCUGUGGAUGACUGUCCAUGCUUCCGUAUUGUUCUGGCGGAUGGCUGCUCGACGGAGCUGCGUUUCCGCACGGCGAGUGGCUCGGGAGAAUCUGCUCGCUGUCACCGACGGCCCGAGUUUGCAGUUGCCAACCGGAACAUUCCUGUUCCAGACAUCGAGUCCAUGGCGCACAGGGUGCUGCAUUAUUUUGCUGAUCCGCAUGCGGUGGUGGAGUUCACUGAGGAGGCCCAGGAACUCUUUGUGGCCUACGCGGCGUGUUUUUCAGCUGAGCAGAGUGUGCUUCGUGACAACGACGACGAUUCGGCGGCGAGGAAGGGAACGGCCGCAUGGCACCUCGGUGUGCUGGCAGCUGCCCAGUUAGUCUGGGACAUCGCGACGGAGCAGGCAGACUCCAGACUGGUGGCAGAAUCGAGGCUUCGCAUCCAACCACAUCACGUGCUUCGCGCGUAUGACGCCCUCAGGUUGACUCAUGACGUAUUGGGCUUGUGCGUGAAUGGCAGUGUGGUGGCGCCCGGUAGCGCAGAGCAGGCACUGUCACAAGCGGCAAGUGCUGCGCAGCAGCUGGAGUCAGCGCUGGAGCAGCAGCGGAUCCCAGAAAGUCAGUUCGUGAAGUUCGAAGUUGCGCAGGAGUCGGCUGCAGAGGAUGGCGAGCCAGGCCAUGUCUUCAGCCAAAGCGACUCGCCGCCGCUAAGUGAUGGCUACGGGCCUGGCGGCAGUUCGGUACAGGCAGUAAUGUUGCGUACGCUUCUUCGGGGAGAACCGGUUAUUUUUGCUCGUCGCGUCGUGGAUGCUUGCUCGAAGAAGACGACUGUUGACAACAAAACAGUUAGGACGUCGUUAAAGCUGGCGCACUGGCUCGCGGUCAUCAACGCAGGCAUGGAACAGCACUGCAUCGGUGAGGUGCAGACGCUGGCUGACCGCAAGGGCCCACGGCUGGUGCUACACCUUCCCAAGUCCAAUGAUCGAGAAGCUGUGCGUGUGUAUCACAACCGGCUGAUGGCUUUGUGUGGCUUGAGUUUUGCAGCUUUUUCGAAGCGUUUGGUAGAAGUCGCAUCCAAAGGAGGCGGCUCAGGCGCCCGGGUCGUGGCGGCCACUGCAGAUGAGCAGGUGUCGGAAGAGGGUGUGUUGGCCGUGCGACCAAGAGCUGCCAACUCAACAGCGGCGCCAAAGGCGAGCGUUGUCGUGCGACCAAGAGCUGCUAAGUCAAGAGCGGCGCCGAAGGCGAGCAUUGUUGCGAAGCAAGAGAUAGUCUCACACGAUGUUGGUUUGGCGACAACUUCUAAGGCCAGGGCUGCGCCUACAGCGCGCAGGGCUGCCAAGACGGCAGUAAAGAAAGAAGCCGUGGAGGAGGAUGAUGAUGAUUGCAUCAUAAUCGAAGCAUCUGUGCCAGCGUCGUCCGCUAGGGAGAAGACGCAGGACGCAGGGGACAGUCAGGGAAGCAAGCGCCGGAAGCUGAAUGAACAGCUCGGCAAUUGGCAUUGCUAG